AUGACGACCAACGUAGACCUGUUGGUUUUCGAGGGGUCCGCGUACGAGUUCGCCUUUGCAGCAUCCCAAGACCCGAAUCAUUGCUUCGGAAGCGUGCUGACAAUCUCCUCACACGCCGACAAGGAGGUCGACUACGGCGACAUGAACUCGGAGAUGCUCUUCAGCGCGUUCCUAGACGACGAAACCCGAUCCCAGCUGUCCGACUACGACGCCCUCGCCGUCAUCCCGUCAUCGGCCCUGUCCAAGAACGACCCCUCCGUCGACGAUCCCGUCUUCUCCGUAGACGACCUCUACAGCCUAGCCUUCGACGGCCAGACCGACAACCCCGACGACGACUUCUGGGUCAAGUCGCUGUCCGUGGGCGAAGGCGGAGGCGUCGGGGGCUCCGGUUUCAGCGGGGAUGGCGCGGCCAUCUACAACAACGACGACGAGAGCUUCGUGAGCUACGUUGGCGCCGCAGACGGCAAGCGGCGGCAGCAGCAGGAGGAGCUCAGCGGGGAGGAGGCGGUGACCACCAUGAAUACCUUCGGCGCGGCGCUCCUGCAAAUCUUGGAAGAUCCCCUCUGCGUGGAUUGUCCGCUCAAGUUCGUGACGGGGGAUCUCGCCUCUGUGAAAGAUGAGCGGGGAAGCAGCCGACCAAAGCGGUUAGCGGUUCUCUGCCCACCUGUCGACAACGAAUCGGACGUUGGGAAAUUGCCCGCGACCUGCUCACCCGGGGAGAUGACGACCAACGUAGACCUGUUGGUUUUCGAGGGGUCCGCGUACGAGUUCGCCUUUGCAGCAUCCCAAGACCCGAAUCAUUGCUUCGGAAGCGUGCUGACAAUCUCCUCACACGCCGACAAGGAGGUCGACUACGGCGACAUGAACUCGGAGAUGCUCUUCAGCGCGUUCCUAGACGACGAAACCCGAUCCCAGCUGUCCGACUACGACGCCCUCGCCGUCAUCCCGUCAUCGGCCCUGUCCAAGAACGACCCCUCCGUCGAUGAUCCCGUCUUCUCCGUAGACGACCUCUACAGCCUGGCCUUCGACGGCCAGACCGACAACCCCGAUGACGACUUCUGGGUCAAGUCGCUGUCCGUGGGAGAAGGCGGAGGCGUCGGGGGCUCCGGUUUCAGCGGGGAUGGCGCGGCCAUCUACAACAACGACGACGAGAGCUUCGUGAGCUACGUUCGCGCCGCGGACGGCAAGCGGCGGCAGCAGCAGGAGGAGCUCAGCGGGGAGGAGGCGGUGACCACCAUGGAUACCUUCGGCGCGGCGCUCCUGCAAACCUUGGAAGACCCCCUCUGCGUGGAUUGUCCGCUCAAGUUCGUGACGGGGGAUCUGAUGCCCCGGUACGCCUUCCCUUACUACCCGUUUCAACGCCAUCGGCAAACCACCACCACGCGGGACAAGCUUUCCUACGGAGGAGGUAGCAGUAACUACGAUUUCAAGACCGAGUACCAAAACACGGAAGGCAGCAGCAACUACCACUUCAAGGCCGGCUACCACCACGAUUUCAACGUCGACCUCCACGACACGGGAGGAAGCGACGAGUACGAUUUCAAGGACGAACACCAAUUGUCGGAACCCAAGUGGAAGACGGCCCAGAACUGGCGCGGCGACCCGGAGAACGGGGUCCAGCCCAAAUGGCAGGCGCAGGAAACGUGGCGCGGCGAUCCCGAGAACGGCAUCGAACCGAAGUGGAAAUCCAAUGGCUGCUUCGACGGCUGCACCUACACGAGCCGUGAUGGCACCAAGGGUCGCGUGUGCGACCUCUCUUGCAAGACCGGGGAGCCCUACGGUACCUACGGGUGCGCGGCGAAGAGCCGCAAGUAUGGGCUAUCCUGUCGCCGGUGCUACAACGAUGUCGCCAAGGCCCUCAAGAAAGACACCCCCGAAAAUCGCGCCAUCAUGUGCGACACGCUGGAACCUCCUUCUACCUACUCCGCGCGUAGGCUUGAAGAGAGCAACUCCGAACCGAGCCCUGCCGCCGAGCUGGCCCGCCUGCUCCAGAAGUACAUGCACAAGCACGACGACGAGUCUAGAGAUGAAGUCGAAGAGCGCCGACCUGAGUGA